AGGAGACGCGCCCCGUCCAAUCGGGCGCGGAGGGGGCGCGCGCGGGGCUUUUAAGCGGCACGCGGCGGGGGGUGGCGCGCCGUACGACCGGGGUCGUCGCUCCCCUUCCCGCGAGCGCUCUAAAUUUAAGGGCACCUGGUGCCUCCGCCAGCCCGCCCGGCCUGCGACGCGGAGCGCCCAGCUCAGGGACAAUGCUGUCUGAAUCAGAAAUGGGUACCGUAUUGGCAGAUUCAGCUCCUAACUCAGAUGUUCCAGUGCCAUGUGGGGUGUCUCUUAGUGAUGUCUUGGUGAACUCUCCAUCCAGAACUGCUGAGGACCAUAGUGCUGAGACAACUGAAGAGACUAAGACUGAGGAAUCUCAGUUAAAUAUGUUUGGAUCCAAAGCUUCAUCCCCUGCCUCAGGCCUAUGGACAACACGACGGGAUGGAGAAGUUAAACUGAGGCUAGAUCAACAUGGUAUUGGUAGUGAGACACCAAAGACUGUUCAUGAACUAUUCCAGGAAGCUGUUAAAAAAUAUGGGAACUAUUUUGCCCUUGCAUCAAAGAAGGGUGACAAGUGGAUAAAGCAAACUUAUAAGCAAUACUAUGAGGAAUGUCGGAAGGCAGCAAAAAGCUUUAUAAAGUUGGGAUUGGAGCGUUUCCAUGGAGUGGGCAUUCUGGGAUUUAAUUCUGCAGAGUGGUUUAUUGCUGACAUUGGAGCUAUUCUAGCUGGUGGUUUUGCUGUUGGCAUCUACACCACAAACUCUCCUGAAGCCUGCCAGUAUGUAGCAGAGAACUGUGGUGCUAAUAUCCUGGUUGUGGAGAAUCAUAAACAGCUGCAGAAAAUCCUAGAAGUUCAGCACAAGCUCCCUCUUCUGAAAGCAAUCAUCCAGUACAAUGGAGAGCUUAAGGAGAAAAGACCAAAUCUCUACACUUGGAGUGAAUUUAUGGGCCUUGGCAGAGGUGUUCCAGAUUCCCAGCUUGAUAAGAUCAUUGAUUCCCAGAAGCCUAACCAAUGCUGUAUGCUGAUAUAUACCUCAGGAACAACUGGACAGCCAAAGGGAGUUAUGCUCAGUCAUGAUAAUAUAACUUGGACUUCACUAUCAGCAGGGCGCUAUGUACAACUGACAGAAGCUACUGAACAACAGGAGCUGGUGGUCAGUUACCUUCCCCUCAGUCAUAUUGCUGCUCAAAUGAUUGAUAUUUGGCUGCCACUAAAAUUUGGUGCACAAGUUUUCUUUGCUCAACCAGAUGCACUGAAGGGCAGCUUGAUAAACACAUUACAGGAGGUCAGACCAACAGCUUUUAUGGGAGUUCCUCGCGUCUGGGAGAAAAUGCAAGAAAAAAUGAAAUCUGUGGGUGCAAAAUCAUCUGCUCUCAGAAGAAAAGUGGCAGCAUGGGCUAAGGAAGUAGGAUUACAAACUAACCUGAAACGAAUGAAUGGGGCUUCUGAACUCCCAGUGAACUUCCGUCUAGCCAGGCAGUUGGUAUAUAAAAAAGUUCGGAAGGGUCUUGGGCUGGAUCGAUGCACAAAAUGCUACACUGGGGCUGCCCCAAUUACUAAAGAGACUCUGGAGUAUUUCCUGAGUCUGGACAUUCCUGUGUAUGAGUUGUAUGGCAUGAGCGAGAGCUCUGGACCUCACACAGUCUCUCUUCCAGACACAUUCAGGAUCACUAGCUGUGGAAAAGAGAUUAUAGGCUGCCGGACAAUGAUUUACAAGCCAGACAGCGAUGGCAGUGGAGAGAUCUGUUUCUCAGGUAGACACAUCUUUAUGGGCUAUUUGAACAUGGAAGAUAAAACCAAAGAGGCCAUUGAUGAUGAAGGCUGGCUCCAUUCGGGUGAUCUUGGCAAGCAUGACAAGAAUGGAUUCCUUUACAUCACUGGAAGAAUUAAAGAGCUCAUCAUUACUGCUGGAGGGGAGAAUAUCCCUCCUGUUCCAAUUGAAGAUGCUGUAAAGGAGGCUGUUCCUAUAAUUAGUAAUGCUAUGUUAGUUGGAGACAAGGCAAAAUUCCUUGCUAUGCUUCUAACUCUGAAGUGCAAUGUAAAUGAAGAAACGGGGGAACCAGAGGACAACCUUACUCAGGAAGCCAUAGCAUACUGUCUCAGAUUAGGCAGCAAAGCUACAAAAGUCUCAGACCUUGUAGGUGGCAAAGACAAAGCUGUUGAUGCUGCUAUCCAGAAGGGAAUUGAAUUAGUCAAUGAGAAAGCAACCUCAAAUGCACAGAAAGUACAGAAGUGGGUCAUUCUAGAAAAAGACUUCUCAGUCUCUGGUGGAGAGUUAGGCCCAACAAUGAAACUGAAGAGGCCUGUUGUAACAAAGAUGUAUAAAGAUAAAAUAGACCACUUCUACACUGUGGAAACCACAUCAGCAAAUCCUCUUUCAAAGUAACCUUGGAACACUGCAGGUCUCAACAUACAAUUCUCCAACUCUUCCAUUGCUGUGUAAGUGUGUGUGCAUGCUGUUCGUUGCUUCAACUCCCAAAUGAAGGAAUAAAUGCAUCUCUGAAAUAAACCAGGCUUAAUAUUGUAGCCCUGCAAUCACUGAAUAUUUAUAUAAAUUCCUUACUCCAGUUAUUGGUGGUGCUGCACUAACAUUCUCUCUUUGGAUGGACUUUUUCUAAUGUCCAUGGUCUGCACAAUUGAUUGUGCAUCAUAUAUGGGCAAAUAAAAUAUUUAAUAGUACCUUAGCACUACUUGGAUUGUAAAAACCAUAACUUAUUUUUCCACCAAAGUUUUUUUUCUCCACUGAAAGUGAAUGUAAAACAAGCAGGAAUCUUGGUUUCUUUGUAGUUACACUUGAGGGCUGGGGUACUUUUUUUAAUAGCAAUGACUUUUGUAAGUAAAUUGUAUACAUCAAGCAUAUAAAGGAUUUCUAUAAGGUACAGAUGAAAAAUACAGGUUUACUUGGUUUGUCUAAUACUGGCUUUUAGACUUCCUAGAACGUCUUAAACUUCUCACUGGUAGAACUUCUAGGUUUUUAAUCGUAUAGUACACUUGGGGUGGGUGAGAAGUCUUAAUGACUUUUUGCAAGUAUACUUUCAGGACAGUAAUGGACAGAACCGUUUUUUAAAGGCUAAUUAUCUCUUGAAAGGAGGAAAUAAUGCAUGUGUUAAACUAGAAAUGCUCCAAUGACUUGUAUUGCCUUUUCUGGUAAAAGGGCUAAUUAGGGGGAAGUUCAACUUCUGGUGGGGGUGUGUGCAGGGAACUAGAUGUGUGCUGCAUUUCUAGAACAUCACGCAGUCUUGCACUGUAGGCCCCUCUACAGAAGCAGGCAACUCAUGAUGAAUUCAUGGAUGCUUACAGUAAACUCUAUUGCACAACCUGUUUUUGCUCAGGGGCACUCUGCCUGAUGUGAACAGGCAUAUCAGUUACCUUUCUGCUCUAUGCCUGGAGGAGUAAAUUAGCUCUGCUUACCUCCUCCUGUUAACCAGUUAUGAUACAGUAGUCAUGCAGAAAUCUGUAUCAUUGUAUGAUAGCCUAACUCCAGCUAAGUUCAGGGACCUUAAAUGUUUGAAAGAUCUAACUUUUUUUUUUUUUGGAGAAACUUGUAUUCAUCUGUGAUCAUGAACACUGUAUGAACCAUGUAUGAGAUUGUGAAGGAUUGAACAAGUGCAAUCAUUCUAGCUACUUUAAGACUCAACUCUUACUGAUGUAGUCUUCAGUUCAUUAUCUUUGUCAAGUGCCUGGAGUGGAAUGUGUAAUGAGUAAAUAAGGCAUCUCAAAAGGCUGAGUAAUACUUCAGGACACAAGGAUUAAAUGGCUAUUCUGAUUUGUAUAUCAAAUGUAACUUUGCCAUAAUUUGAGCCACAUCAGGAUUUGUUGUUGUGUUAAACUGCCAUCUGUAAGAUGGCAAGGGAAGGAAUUUAAAGCACUUAUACAAGAAUUGAGGAGCUAUAUGUAACAAAUUAUAAUGAAGAUUCCACAUGUGUACAUAAGCUUGUAAUUUGAUAAAGUGCUAUGCACUAUUACCACUGACUGGUCUUCUGUAUCUAUUUAUGGGACAAGUGUGUGAAAUGUCAACUUUGUUAAUGAAUGGUUAAUAAACAUCUGAAUCUCA